AUGGAUUCAGAGCACAGCCGGCUUAGCACAAUCACCAAAUUAAUAAACGACCGCCAUACUGUUCGGAAGUUUUUGCCAGAGCCUGUACCUCGCGAAGUACUGGAAAAGGCACUAUCGUUGGCUCAGCGAACAGCCUCAAACAAUAACUUGCAGCCCUGGCGAGCAAUAAUAUUGACUGGCGAAAAGCUGGAAAGCCUCAACAAAGUGAUGUUGAGCGCGUGGGAUGAAGGGUGGCCUGAUAUUCCCGAAACACCCGCAGAUUAUAUGCAUCACAAGGAGAAUUUCGACACGGAAUUGUACGGAAAGUUAUUGGGCAUUGGCCGUGACGACCACGAGAAGAGAAAGAUAACUUUGGCGGAGAAUUUUCGCUUCUACGGAGCCCCAGCAGCGGCCAUUGUCUACAUGGACAGCAGACUUUCAAAGUAUGAUGUGAUUAGUGUUGGAUUUUGGAUGCAAAACUUGACCCUGGCCCUUCGAGCACAAGGCGUUGAGGCCUGUUACCAGGCCAGGAUGGCAGGAUAUGCAGAGCUGCUGCAGCGCGAACUAGACCUUCCUGAGGGUGUAAAUUUCCUGAGUGCAAUCGCAAUAGGCUAUGAGGAUGUUAGCUAUGUGGGAAAUAGCCUCAGGAUGACUCGAGAUCAUUGGGCCAGGAAUGUCCAGAUCCGAUAG